AUGGCGCCUAAGGCUAAUGGAAAGGCUGUUAAGAAGGCGGUUAAAGCCCAGAAGAACAUUGCGAAGACCGACAAGAAAAAGAAGCAUAAGAGGAAGGCAAGUUACGCAAUCUACAUCUGCAAGGUCUUGAAGCAGGUUCAUCCCGACACUGGAGUUUCCAGCAAGGCAAUGUCAAUCAUGAAAAGCUUCGUCAAUUACUUCUUUGAACGUAUUGCCGCCGAGUCCUCUCGCUUGGCUCAUUACAACAAGCGUUCGAUGAUCACUUCUCAGGAAAUUCAGACUUCUGUCAGGCUCCUC